AUGNCUAAAACUGUUAUGAUUGCUAAUGUUGCUCCAAAUAAUUAUGAAGAUUCAUUUAAUACAUUAUUAUAUGCUCACAGAACAAGAAAUAUUGAUCCUACACCAAAUAAUUUUUAAGAGAUGAUUGUAUAAUUAAGAGAGGAAAAUGAAGACAUAAAAAAGACACUUAAGAAAUAAAAUAGUUUAUCAAAGAUGUAAUUAUAAAUUGAACAAUAAUUUAAAGAGUAAUAGAAAUAAGAGAAGAUGGAAAAGCAAUAAUAAUAAUAAUAAUAAAUAUAAUAGAUACAAUAAUAAUAAAGUUAAUAAUAAUAAGCAGAGAAAUAAGCUUAUGAUGAAGAAUAAAUUAAAUCAAUUAUAUUAAAAUAAUUUGCUUAAGAAUCAGAAUUAAUUAAAUAAUUAUUUAAGUUAGAGGAUGCUUUGAUGUAAACACAUCUAGAUAUAGUUGAAUAUUAAAAAUAAUAGAGUGUAUCAUUUUAAUAGAAAACAGAAGAUCUAAUUAAUAAAUCCACUGAAUCAAUAAAUAAUACAGAAAAUGAGUAAUUUGAAAUUGCAAUGAAAUAUAAAACUAUUUUAUAAUAAAGAAGAAAAAUAUAUGAUGUAAUUUAUUAGAUAACUACAUUUAGUAAUGCAUGCAAAGUUAAUUUUAAUCAGUCAAGGAUGAAUUUAGAAAAUAAGUUUAAAAUAUAGAAAAGAUGAAAGGUUUGUAGAGUGAAAAAAGAGAAGAAGUAAUGAAAAAGUUUAAAGAAUUGGAAAUUGAACAUCUCAAAAAGAUAUCUAAUUAAAAAAAUGGGAAUCAACCUUAAAUAGAUGAAGAAACCUUAAAAGAAAUUAAGAAAAAUAGAUUAUAAAGUUUAAAUAAACAAAUAAAAGAUGGAAAAUUGUGA